GCUUCUCCUUUAUCUCACUUCCGGUUGACAGCAGGUGCCGAUAGCUGACUAUCUGAGAGAGACUGUCUUGCGGGAGAAAGCUAUACACGCUCAAAAUCACGUGGAGAUAAUGCAGGAAGACAUGAACAGGUGAGCAGAGCUCCAGUUUAUUCAGGGAACAGGUACACGUGGUGACUAGAAAAAGCACCAGGUGUAGAAUCUUUCUCAGGAGCAGCUGUACACAGGUACAGGCAACUUGUAUCCGGGUACAGAGUAACACGAGAACACUCCCAGUCUGGCUGUCUCUAUCAAAACAACAACAAGGAGCCCAGGCGACACUACUGAGAACAAACGAGGCAGCUGCCCAUGCAGACAAACCAAGAGGUGCUCAUUCUGCAGCUUGUCCAGCAGCACCACAAAUACAGAGUUAUUAAAAUGCAAAAGGCAACCAGGAUUGCUCAAGAACUUUGCAAUUGCCAUGUUUAAAAGAAAAUUGUGCUUAAUUUGAAGCUGCGCUGAUUUAAAAAAAUCCACAUGAGAUUUUGUGGCUCGCUGAAGAUUGACAGGGCACCUGCCUAAAGAUUUAUCUGUGUGUGUGUGAGAGAGAGAUGCAAUUUGCAAGGAUAUGAAAGCUAAGCAAAACCUUGACACUGGAAGAAAGAGCCCCAGCUGGGUUAGUUAGGGUCCCCUUUGGAUGCAAGCAGGAUACGAUCACUGGAGCAGAAGGGGUAGGCAGAGAGCGCAUUUUGUCCUCGUUUUAUGUUUGUGACAGAACAAGCACACUGUGGAGGGGCACACGCACAGUGGCACGGGGUUGAAGCAAGGAAGAUGGGACAACGGAGUACCAGCCACAGUCAGCUUCCCCUGCUGCUCCUCUUCCCCAUUCUGUCGUGAAUGGAAUGAGACACGAAAAGCGCGACAGGCUUCCCGGGAUCCAGAAAUUCAGGGAGACAUAAUGGAGCUGGCUGUAUUUACAGAAGCAGUUCCUGGCUGCGUGCUUUGUUCAGUGAAGAGCAUUGGAUCUGUGCGGGGGAACUGUUAAGGAAGCGGAUAGAAGAAAGACAUCUCGUCAUGGGGUACAAUGCAAGCUGGGUUUUAGUCAACGAAAGUGAGCGUGGGUCCUAUCAUGUUGUCGCCACGGCCGCCUUGAACACGUCCAGUGCACAAAUUGUGGGGAUCAAUAGAAGCACCCACGGAAACGGGACUUCAGAAGAUGAAGAAUACAGGGAAGAACAAACCUACCGACAUUUUACUACUGUUGUGCAAGUUGUCAUCUUUAUUGGCUCUCUGCUAGGAAACUUCGUGGUCUUGUGGUCAACAUGCAGGAUGUCAGUUUUUAAGUCGGUAACCAACCGGUUUAUUAAGAACUUGGCCUGCUCUGGGAUCUGUGCCAGCCUAGUCUGUGUGCCUUUUGACAUUGUCCUUGGUGCCAGUCCACACUGCUGCUGGUGGAUCUACACUGUGGUUUUCUGUAAAAUCAUAAAGUUCUUGCACAAAGUCUUCUGCUCAGUGACCAUCCUUAGCUUUCCUGCCAUUGCUCUGGAUAGGUACUACUCAGUUUUAUACCCACUGGAAAGGAAAAUAUCAGAUGCCAAAUCUCGAGACCUGGUGAUCUACAUCUGGGCUCAUGCAGUGAUAGCCAGCAUUCCUGUAUUUGCUGUGACAAAUGUGCCAGAUAUUUAUGCUAUGUCCAUUUGUAGUGAGCCAUGGAGUUAUUCCAUUGGUCAUUUAGCUUACGUUGUUAUUUACAACAUUACCACUGUGAUUUUGCCAGUGGCUGUGGUGUUUCUCUUUAUGAUCCUAAUCCGCAGGGCACUGAGCGCCAGUCAGAAGAAAAAAGUCAUCAUAGCUGCCUUAAGAACCCCUCAAAAUACCAUAUCUAUUCCUUAUGCCUCUCAGAGAGAAUCUGAACUUCAUGCCAUGCUGCUGUCCAUGGUUAUGAUUUUCAUUUUCUGCAGUAUUCCCUAUAUCACUUUGGUGAUUUACCGCACUAUACUCAGUGCUUCUGACACUUCUGUGUACUUGUUUCUCACUGCCAUCUGGCUCCCCAAGAUAUCACUGCUAGCCAACCCUCUGCUCUUCCUGACUGUUAACAAAUCAGUACGGAAAUGUUUAAUAGGAACAAUUAUGCAUUUACACCGAAGGUAUAGUCGGAGGAAUAUCGUCAGCUCUGGAGGUGCUGGGGAUGUCAGCCUGGAGCCCCAUGUUCGUUCCGGUAGUCAGCUUCUGGAAAUGUUUCACAUUGGGCAGCAGCAGAUUUUCAAGCCCACAGAGGAUGAAGAAGAGAAUGAAAGUAAAUCAAUUGGCUCCAGUGACUACCAGCAGAAGGAAAUCCCUACAACCAGCUUUGAUGUAGAACAGACUUUAGUUCAGAGGCCUGUGCCUCAUGCCAUUGCAGACUCUGCCACCCAAGUGGCUCCAGCUAUGCCAACAGAAGCAGAAUUGGCCAAUGAGAAGCAUUCGAUGCAGCUAGGCUUUGGGCCCUUUGAGCUGCCUCCACAGUGGCUGUCAGAACAUCGGAACAGUAAGAAACGACUGCUGCCUCCUUUGGGGAAUACUCCCGAGGAGCUAAUACAGACCAAACAGCCCAAGAGUAAAGCAGAAAGAAAAAUUAGCAGGAACAAUAAAGUCAGCAUCUUCCCUAAGGUGGAGUCCUAGAAAAAACAGGAACUCUGUGUGACCAGGCAGGACUUCCUUCUUGCAUGUAUGUGAUCCUAUGGAUCUUUAUUAGGUUGAAAUGUAUUAAAGGCUUAUUUUUUGUGCCAAUUUAUGUAAAAUAAAAAUGAAAACAAGUGUUCCUUAGGAAUGGGUUUUGAUACAAAUAUCUAAUCUUAUCUGUUUCUCUACAUUCAUUAUAUAGAAUUGAUUAACUUCCAAAGAGGUAUUUUUGGACCCUUCCUGCCCCAAAGAUGGCUCACUCCUUUAUAUCUUAUUGUGAUUUUUUAAGACUGGCCAAAUGCAGCAAGUCUAUACAAUAUAUAGACAGAGAGACAUUGUGGUAACUACUCUAUAAUUAUGGAACUUAGGAGAAGGGAGUUCAAUAAAUAUGAAGCUCCGUUCCCUAGAGUUACAUCUCUCUUCCUGCUCUUUCACAAAAGCACUGAGCAUUUUUAGGAGUACUCCCUGGCCUCAAAAUUUCAGAUUCUUUUAUUGGCCAGGAUUUAGUGCCAUUUCAAUUAUAUUUUAUAAUUUAAUGAGAUUUUUCUUUCUCCAUUUUUGUACUUUUUUCUUAAGGUAUUUUAACCUGCUUCAUGUGUGGGAUAAAUACAUGCAUGCAAUCUUGACCUAUUAAAUAUUGCCAUUCAGGGGCUGACAUUUAAUGGGCUGAGCACCGCAGAUUUUAAGGGGAAAAAAAGCUUGGGGAGAAGCAACAAUAACAGGGAUAAAAUAUACUGGACAUCAGAAAACACAUGAAAAAUGGCAUAGCAAAUGUUCAUAGUUUUUACAUGAAGUAUAAAUAAAUGACCCUCAAUUUAAAUUUAA